AUGGCGGAGGAGGACGGCGGCGGCGGGGGCGGCGGGGGCGGCUCGGAGUGGUGGGCCUCCUCCUCCGCCGCCGCCGCCGCCGCGCUGCCCCGCAUGAAGCGCCGCGACUUCAGCCUGGCCCAGCUGCGCCAGUUCGACGGGCGGCGCAGCCCGCGCAUCCUGCUGGCCGUCCACGGGAAGGUCUUCGACGUCUCCAAGGGCGACAAGUUCUACGGGCCCGACGGCCCCUACGGCAUCUUCGCCGGGCGCGACGCCUCGCGGGGCCUGGCCACGUUCUGCCUGGACAAGGAGGCCCUCAGGGACGAGUACGACGACCUGUCGGACCUCAACCCCGUGCAGAUGGAGAGCGUCCGCGAGUGGGAGAUGCAGUUCAAAGAGAAGUACGACUACGUGGGCCGGCUCCUGAAGCCCGGGGAGGAGCCCUCCGAGUACACGGACGAGGAGGACACCAAGGAUCACAGCAAACAGGAGUGAACUCUGUCGGCAACCAAAGUCCGGGCCCCUCGGGGCCGCCCCCUCCCCCCGAACCUCACGGAAGCCCCCCGCUCCCUCCCCGCCCCCCGCGGCGGGGGGCCUCGGAUCCAGAAAUCGGCGGGUGAACCCCCGUCCCCCCUCCCCUUCCCCCCUCCCCCCCCAGCGAGAGGCCGGGCUGAGGGGCGACUCCUCGGAGGACGUGGGGGGGCCCCGGCGUUCUGACCUUCUUUUUUCUUUUUCUUUUUUAGUGGAAAAAACAAUCCCCCCCCCCGCCCCUCCCCCUAAUCGAAAUCAAACAGAAAGACCCCCGACACAUGAAAUGAGCCACCGAAGCCCGCGGCGUUACCGUUAGUCCGUGCCGCGCCCCCCGACGGUGGGGGGGGCGUCUUCGCCCCCGCCCCCCCAUGUCCCAACGCGGGCCGGGGGAGACGCCCCCGUCCCCCCCCGGGGGGCCGGGGCGAAGCCGCCCGAACUGAGAUGCUCCGUCCCCGGAACCCCGUGCGCCCGGUGCCCCCUCCCCAACGUCCAGUCGGUAUUAAUUGUGCCUUAUUUCACCUACGUAGACUUGAAUUGUUUUAAGGCCAAGCCCCCCGCCGCUUCCCUGUACCCCCCACCACCUUUCCCUCCGCCCCCCCAAGUCACUACGAGCAGCCCGGAGUGACACGAGCGCGGCGUCGCCUCGGCAGGCCCGGCCGCCUGCCCGGGUGUGGCGGCCGAGGGAGGGGACCGCCUCAGUGUUACUGCCGUAUCUGUCGAUACCCACGGACCUCACCCGCCUCGGAACGGCCCAAAGCGAUUCUCCCCCCGCUUCUCUCUUUAUGUG